CCUGCGGAGACUCCCGGGUCCGCGCGCCGGGCUGGGGCUGGGGGGCUGCGGGGUUGCAGCCCGGGCGGACCCGGCAGCCACCGAGGGCGGCCCCGGGGCGACGCUAUGAGGGCGCCGCGCCGCGCCUGAGCAGGAUGCGACGGGAGACAGAACGGGAGAAGAACUAGGCGGUGGUGCCCUCGGGAGGGAGCGGCGCGCGGGCCAGGCGGCUCCCGGAGGCUCCGCAGUGCCGCCGCCGCCCGAAGGCUCCGCGCGGGAGCCAUGUAACCCUGCGGCGGGCUCCGGGCUGCUCCGUCCUCCCCCAGCUCCCGGACGAGCGAGGCAGCGGGGACCACCAUGAAGAAGCAGUUCAACCGCAUGCGCCAGCUGGCCAACCAGACGGUGGGCAGGGCAGAAAAGACUGAAGUUCUGAGUGAAGACCUUCUUCAGGUGGAGAAGCGCCUGGAGCUGGUAAAGCAAGUGUCGCACAGCACACACAAGAAGCUCACCGCGUGUCUGCAGGGCCAGCAGGGAGCAGAGGCUGACAAGCGCUCCAAAAAGUUGCCUUUGACCACUCUGGCUCAGUGUCUGAUGGAAGGCUCCGCCAUCCUCGGAGAUGACACCCUUCUUGGGAAGAUGCUAAAACUCUGUGGUGAGACAGAGGACAAGCUGGCUCAGGAGCUGAUACACUUCGAGUUGCAAGUGGAGAGAGAUGUGAUCGAGCCCCUGUUUCUGCUUGCUGAGGUGGAAAUUCCAAACAUUCAGAAGCAGAGGAAGCAUUUAGCAAAGCUGGUCUUGGACAUGGACUCUUCCCGAACCAGGUGGCAGCAGACUUCCAAGUCCUCAGGGUUGUCCAGCAGCCUGCAGCCUGCAGGUGCCAAGGCUGAUGCCCUCAGGGAAGAGAUGGAGGAGGCAGCCAACAGAGUGGAGAUUUGCAGGGACCAGCUCUCUGCUGACAUGUACAGUUUUGUGGCCAAAGAAAUUGACUAUGCAAACUACUUUCAAACGCUAAUAGAAGUACAGGCUGAAUAUCACAGGAAAUCGCUGACCCUGCUGCAGGCUGUGUUGCCUCAGAUUAAAGCCCAGCAAGAGGCCUGGGUUGAGAAGCCUUCCUUUGGGAAGCCCUUAGAGGAGCACCUCUCCAUCAGCGGUCGUGAGAUCGCCUUCCCCAUCGAGGCAUGUGUGACAAUGCUGCUGGAGUGUGGGAUGCAGGAGGAGGGCCUCUUCCGAGUAGCUCCUUCUGCCUCCAAGCUGAAGAAACUUAAAGCUGCUCUGGACUGCUGCGUGGUGGAUGUGCAGGAGUACUCAGCAGACCCCCAUGCCAUCGCAGGAGCUUUGAAAUCUUAUCUCCGAGAGUUGCCAGAACCUCUCAUGACCUUUGAACUCUAUGACGAGUGGAUUCAAGCGUCCAACAUCCAGGAGCAGGACAAGAGGCUCCAGGCUCUGUGGAAUGCUUGUGAGAAACUGCCCAAGGCCAAUCACAACAACAUCCGAUACUUGAUUAAAUUUUUAUCCAAGCUGUCUGAGUAUCAAGAUGUGAACAAGAUGACUCCCAGCAACAUGGCAAUUGUCUUAGGACCCAAUCUCCUGUGGCCACAAGCAGAGGGGAACAUCACCGAGAUGAUGACCACAGUGUCACUGCAGAUUGUGGGGAUCGUUGAGCCCAUCAUCCAGCAUGCAGACUGGUUCUUCCCUGGGGAGAUAGAGUUCAACAUCACAGGCAACUAUGGGAGUCCAGUCCACAUGAACCAUAAUGCGAACUACAGCUCCAUGCCCUCCCCAGACAUGGACCCUGCUGACCGGCGCCAACCUGAGCAGACCCGCCGGCCCCUCAGCGUCGCCACUGAUAACAUGAUGUUGGAAUUUUACAAAAAAGAUGGCAUGGGUGUGAGGGUCAUGGACACGUCUUGGGUGGCUCGAAGAGGCUCCUCUGCUGGCCGGAAAGCAUCCUGCACCCCACCUUCCAUGCAGCCUCCUGCCCCACCUGCUGAACUGGCUGCACCCCUGCCAUCACCCCUGCUGGAGCAGGUCCCGGACAGCCCCGCUGCAGCUCCUGUGCUCUCCCUAUCUGCUCCUGGCCUGCAGCCUACACCUGAGCACCCCAGCACAUCUAAAAGCAAGGAAUCAUCCCCAGGAUCUGGGCAGAAAGGAAGUCCAAGCUCCAUCCAAGUACAAGUUCCAGCCUGUCCUGGUACUCAGCCAGGGCCACAGCCAGGUCCCAGCCCCAGCCAGCCACCCACAGACCAGAGUCCUCACACUCUCCGGAAAGUCUCAAAGAAACUGGCAACUAUUUCACCCAAGGUUCCUUUUGGCCAGCCAGGAGCAGUGACCGACCAGUCCACCGGCCAGCCAUCCCCAGUCAGCCUGUCUCCCACCCCCCCAAGCACCCCCUCUCCCUAUGGACUGAGCUACCCUCCCGGGUACUCCUUGGCCUCAGGCCAGCUCUCCCCUGCUGCAGCUCCUCCUCUGGCCUCUCCUUCCAUUUUUACAAGCACUUUAGCCAAAUCAAGGCCCACCCCAAAGCCACGACAGAGACCCACUCUACCGCCCCCACAGCCUCCCACGGUCAGCCUCUCAGCCUCCAGCCCUCAGUCCACGGAGCACCCCAUGCUGGAUGGCAUGACCCCUGGGGAAAGCAUGUCUACAGAUCUUGUCCAUUUUGAUAUCCCCUCCAUCCACAUAGAGCUGGGGUCAACACUACGCCUGAGCCCCCUGGAGCACGCAAGGCGACACUCGGUGACUGACAAGAGGGACUCAGAGGAGGAGUCAGAGAGCACGGCCCUCUGACACAGCCCUGCCCCGACACCUGUACAGAAGUGGGCCUGGGGGACACGCCGCCCGGAGCAGCAUCCCUGUGCUUGCCAAGGACUCUCUGUGGGUUCCUUGCUGUCACUUCCAAUGCCAGGUUGGAGUCUGGCAGGAGAGUGUUAUCUCCUGUCCAUGUGGCAAAUGUUGGUGGUGCCGAUUCUGUUCAUUCCUGUUGGGUGGUGACUUCAGCCUUUUGUUUGAUCUUUGCCUUUUGACUUGUGCCUAUUUCUGAUCAUCUUCAGCUUCCAUGCUAAGCAACAACCCCCUCUUUUCCCAAGGGCUGUGCAGGGCAGGAGUGUGGGCGAGGGUAAGUUACCUUGUUGCACCUGCCCUGCACACACAGAUGCUGUCAGGUCCUGCAGUGCCCACCUAACAGCCAGAGAAGAGAGCAGGGCUGGGGGGGGGGGGGCUGGGGUGGUCCUUUCUCUCCUUGCUAUACCAGGGCUGGAAGUGGUCCUGACUCCUGUCCUCCUUCACUUGAUGCUCAGGGGAGGGCUGGCUCAUGGAAAAGCCUUUGAGGCUACCCUUCAUCAUAGGGACCCACAGUUGACGGCUUACAGCAUUCACUUCCUGGCAUUUUUAUUCCUCCUGUACCCCCAAGUUACUAAAAGCCCUUUCCUCAUUGUUUUGUGCUUCUGAGUUGAAGAGUAUCUUGAGCAUGUCUGGAGGACCUCAGGUAGCUCCUCAUGGCCCCUCAAAACUCAUUAGAUAGAUGUCUAACAGUAAUUCUGUCCAUUCAGGCACUAAGCUCCUAGGAAUGUGAGGGCCUGGAGCCCCUCUCUUCCUUCUAGAGGUUACAGCUGACUAGCAAUAAUUCUGGUUCCCAAAGUAGGUAGAGGGAAGUGAAGCAAGUCCAGAUGCGGGCCACACUUGGGGUGGACCCCUGUGGGGUGGACAGCUUUGCUUCCCCAGCUCCUGCCACAAACACUCAUACCCCUCACCAAGACAGCCAGCUCUGCAGAGGGGCUGGAGGAUGCCAGGGAGCCCGCUUGCACUUUGGGGUUAAGGGAGUGAGAAACAGAUCUGGGUCAUGCAUGCACAGUUCAAGUUUAAAGUUUUAUCCUUUUAAAAAUAGAUAUAAUAUACCUAUACAUGAUAUAAUAUUUGUAUAUAUGAAAUCUCUCUAUAUUUGUUUAAUUUGAGCCAUUCAGUCUAAUGCAAUGUACAGGUGUACAAUGAAAAAUUUAAAUGCUUAGUUAUUUUUUCCCCAACAGUAUAAAGUCACCCUUCUCUGAGAGUGGGAUUGGCAAAGAGUUUUGAUGUUACAGCUUUACUCACUUCCUGGCAAGGGCAGUUCAAUCCCCAAUUUUUAUCAGAGCCCGGGGUUGAAGGUUAUCUUUAAAUACAUGUACAAAUCAUUGUCAAAACUGAUGUUAUUAAAAUAGAUUUAUUAUCCCUGA